GGGCCAUCCAGGAAAGACCGGACCUCCAGGCUUACCGGGACCCCCAGGAGAGAGGGGUUUCACAGGGAAGCCAGGCAUGGAGGGACCUCAGGGCCCAGUAGGCAUGUAUGGUAUCCAGGGGAAUGUGGGCAUGCGAGGGCCUCCAGGUUUCAUAGGAGAAAGGGGUGAGCCAGGUUUACGAGGUUUACCCUGGACCUGUCGGGAAGUCAGGACCUCCAGGUCUGCCAGGUCCGCCUGGAGAGAAGGGACCCCCGGGACCUCAGGGUCGACCUGGAGAUGAAGGCCCCAAAGGGAUACAAGGCCCAGCAGGCCCUCCAGGUGUUCCAGGUGCAGAUGGGGCACCAGGAAAACCUGGACCCAGGGGAAGCAUAGGUCCCCCAGGACCUCAGGGGCCACAGGGGCCAGCAGGAAUCCCAGGACCACAGGGUGCUGAUGGGUUAUUAGGAGCAGCAGGGAGACGAGGACCCAAGGGCUUACCUGGUUCACCUGGUGAUGCCGGCCCAACAGGACAAGAUGGAGAACAGGGUCUCCCUGGCCAAACAGGAAUUGAGGGCCCACCUGGACGGAAAGGAGACCAGGGGGACCUAGGGCCCUGUGGGAAACUUGGUCCCCCAGGGCCUCCUGGAGAGAGAGGAUAUGAGGGCCCAAAAGGCCUUCAGGGACCACCUGGACCAGUGGGUAAAGAGGGUGAUGUCGGGCUUCCUGGUGAAGCUGGAGAUCCUGGUCCUAAAGGGGAGAAGGGCGAGGUGGGACCUCUAGGUUUGUCUGGUCGAGAAGGCCCCUGGGGAGCCCUUGGAGAAAAUGGAGAAAGGGGUCCAAAGGGAGACAAGGGCCACAUUGGACUAAUGGGUGAACCGGGGCUCAUGGGUGAAGUGGGACCUGCAGGUCUGGCAGGAUUAAAGGGAAUCACAGGCCCUCGUGGACCUGUGGGGCCGGAUGGACCUCAGGGACAGAAGGGGGAGUCUGGGGCCUUAGGAAUUACUGGACCUCCUGGGUCACAAGGCCCUCAGGGAAUAAUUGGAGCACGUGGUGUCAGAGGAGACACAGGGAGGCUGGGACCACCUGGUGCAGUGGGAUCAUUUGGACCUCACGGAGACCAGGGAGCUAAAGGGGAGCCGGGGCCACAGGGACUGAAGGGAGAGCCAGGACUUCCAGGUCCACCAGGGGAACAGGGUGAGGACGGUCUGCCAGGAAUCCGAGGUCCUCCAGCUCUCCCAGGGUUUGAGGGGCCACCUGGAGAGGUGGGACCCCAAGGUCCCCCAGGUCCCACAGGAGCUCCUGGGGCGCAAGGAAGACCAGGACCUGAGGGGAAACAAGGCUUGAAAGGGGAGAAGGGAGACGAUGGCAAGACUGGAUCACCAGGGAAGACCGGUCAGGCUGGCAAGAGGGGGAAACGAGGCAAGGCUGGACUCAGGGGGACCAGGGGAGACAGAGGACCAAAGGGCGAGAAGGGAGACACGGGACCGGAGGGCCUCUCUGGGUGGCCAGGUCUCAUCGGAAUCCCUGGGUUACGUGGAGACCAGGGCGAUCAAGGUGAAAAGGGAAAAGAGGGGGAGAAAGGAGAGAUGGGACUGACUGGACCACCUGGAGUUGAUGGCACGAAGGGAAUCCGUGGUCCCGUUGGGUUUCCAGGUCCAGUGGGUCUGAAAGGAGAGCAGGGGAAUAUUGGUCCUCCAGGGCCGAGGGGUGUACUAGGGAUGCCAGGGAUGCCUGGUUUGUUUGGAUCUAAGGGUUUGAAAGGAUACCAAGGUUUGCCUGGUCUGCCUGGCAGGAGGGGCCUCCCUGGUCCACCUGGUGUUCCUGGACCUCCAGGACAGUCACUAAACCUGACCUUGACUCAACUCAAGGACCUGAUGUAUGUGUCCGACAAGCCCAACUAUCCCCUGAUCCAGACUGUGCUGGACUCUCUGCAGCAGGAGCUUCGGCUGCUGGUGGAUCCUCCUGAUGGCAGCAAGGAGCAUCCUGCCACCACCUGUCUGGAACUCUGGCUCUGUCAUCCUGAAUACAGCAGUGGUAUGUAUUACAUCGACCCCAACCAGGGCAGCCCAGCUGAUGCUCUGCUGGCCUACUGCAGCUUCUCUUCCACAUCAAAACAGACUUGUCUUCAUCCUCGUGACUCUCAGCUGCCCAUGAAAGCAUGGCUGAAAGAAUUUUCUGAAGAAGGAUCUUUUGAGUGGCUCAGCAGGCUGGAGCAGGGCUUUCAGUUUUACUAUCCAGAUGCUAAUGUGGUCCAGAUGCGUUUUCUGAGGUUACACAGCAGCACUGCCAUCCAGACGGUGACCUACUCCUGCCAACCAGGACACAGACUGGGUCAGACAGACAGAGACAUCAAGUUUCUCGCUGACACAAGGAAGCAAAGUUACCUUGGAGCACUUAAAGACUGUGUGCCUGGAGAGGAGACUCUUUCCAGACCUCGCGAGUCUGUGUUCGAGUUUGAGGACCUCCAGCUGCUUCCUCUGAGAGACUUGGCACUAAUGGGAGGCGGUAACUUCACAUACGAGUUUGGCUUCACUGUCGGACCUGUGUGUUUCAGCUAGAGGUGCUAGACACCUGUGCUGUCACCGGAGGACUCAUAGGUCCAGGACACACAAACCUCUGUUCAAAAUAUUGGACACCAAGAGGACAACUGGAACAUAUCCUCCAAUUUCUGAGGACGUCACAUUUUCCUCUGACAUUUGGGGAUUUGAUCUCUCAAGUUGAAUGACUCCAUAUUAAUGAAUUUGAGAGGGCAAAAGGAGGCCUCCAGCCUUUUCUUUCACGGAGAAGUCAAUUUUGUUUACAGAGACAUUUAUCUUGUAUUGAAUAAUUUAAAAAUGUAUGUUUUUAUCCUUUAUAUACAAUGUUUUUUCUGUUUUGUUUUUGUUAUGUAUUUAGGGCUUCUGUUAUAGCCUGCCCAUCCUGUAUAUAAACGUCAGACUGUCUCAACUGACCUCUUAACAAUGUGUUCUGGAUGGGGACACAGCUACUGUCGUCCCAUUGGCCAUAUGUGACCAGGCCAGUAAAUUCUCUGACUGUCCAUCCACUGCUUUAGUACUGCAAGUGAACUCAAUGUCACUUUUCUCAAGGUGCUGAUUAAGGUUUAUUUGAAAGAACAACAUGUAUUUAAUUCCAAAAACAAUACAAGAGGCCAGUCAUAUCAUCUCAUAUAUACUUGAUGAUGUCUGUUGUUAACAGUAAGACCAAAUUUCCUCAUUUGUUAAAAUACAAAACAGCCUUAUUGUUUUUACAGUUUCAUAUAAUUGUAUGUUUUUUCACAUCUCAGGUAUAAUACUUUAAUUACAUGCAGUAUACACAGGCACUGACGCUGUUGUUGCCACUGCAGUUUUGUAGUUAAGCAUUAGAAGAAGACUUAAAAAACAUUAUUAUGAUUAAAAAUGUUAAAGGAUAAAUCCAAGGACCAAAACCAACAAUGAUCAGGUAUAGUCUAUAGCUUAUUCCUUUGUACCAUAGAGCACCAUUGUUGUCUGAACACCAUUAUAAACACAUCAGUGAGUCACACUUGCACUCAGUGACAUAUUCCUGCAUUACAAUAAACAUACACACUAGUUUCUUUUGACUGUCCCACAUAUACAGUCAUGCCUCUGGAAAUAGGCAGCAGAGUACCAAUUGUGUAUUAAUGCACAGCUGAAAAUAGUCCCCAGCAAAGGCACUGCUUAGUUCUGCUUGUAAAGUUUGUUACAAACUACGGUAACUACAGUACAGUACCCAGCUGAUUUAGGAAAUUACUGAGACUUUAAAAAAACUUAGCAAUAAUGUUUUUAAUGAUUUACUUUUUCAGGAGGAACUAAUGGGCUUGGGAAAGCAUGCCACCAACAGAGCAGAAAGUUUUCAGAGAUGGACCAGCACAAUGUUGGUUUUGGUCUUUCCUUGUGAUUUGUUGACAAUAAGAAAACAAUAUAAUAAUUGGCUAACAUGAACACAAUGUCAGACUGAAAAUUGAAGUGAACAAAAAUGGAAUUUCAGUCUGGUUAUUAAUGUACUACUUCCUCCCAUUUUCCUGAAAGUCUCUGAAAAAAAUGUAGCAGCUGCUUUUUUGUGCUGGCAGUGUUUGAGGGUUUACCACUUUUUCAUUAGAUCGCAUUCUCAAGCACCUAUGCAACCGGUUUACAUUACAUUAUAUACCAUUUUAACAAUACAAAGUCUGUUAAGGAGAUUCUCUCUUUUUUGUUAUUCUUAUGUAAACCAAAGACUGAAGUUAAGCAGCCAGAGCUUACAGAUCCAUCUGUUUCCUCACAGAACAAUGCUGUAAUUUCUUUCACUGUACUGUAAAGAUCAUGCAUCAGUUUGGCCAUAUAUUAAGUGCUAUAGUAGUAGCCUAGCCCUGCAUAGCUUCUUUGGCCCCUGGUGGAAAAAGAAGUGCCUAUUACUACCCACUUAGCAUUGAGUAAUUGGUGUCACUCUGAAUUUCUGCUUCAUUCAAUUUGAGAAGUGCUUGGGUCCAGAGAAAAGGAGCAAGCCUUGUAGCUUCUCAGCAGAAUCAGGAUUUGGUGUUUGUGUCCUACAGCUGGUCAGCAAUGAGUGAUGAGUGGUGUGGUGCACAGUCUGCAGGGAGCACAGGAUACAUUUGAAUAAGAUCUCAGGGAGUUUGUGGUGAGAGCAUAGUUUACCAGCCUAGCCAAAACAGCAGCUCUGAAGCUGGGAAACACCAAAGUAUAAUUUUCUUGCUUAUACUAAAUUGCCAAAGGUUUUCACAAAGCUUAGGCGUGCCACUGGUAUCAAACAGAGAGGAAAUUUACAUGAUCUUAAUGUCAACCAGAUGAAUUAGAUUAAAGUUUAAGCAUCGUAGCCACAGGUCUGCAAAUUCUGUCCUACAGUUCAUUUUUUAAAUGUUUUAUUUCUCUAUUUAGAUUUGUCAUAUCAUGAUUCCACAUGAUUGCCUUAGCUGGCUGAGACUGAUCAUUGUUACUUUGCUUGUUUUGUACAAAUUGCAAUUUUAAAAAAAUGAAAUGACAUGCUGGACAUCUGUCUUGUGUGAUCCCUCCAUCAGCUCGUUCAAAGAAUUCUGUCAGCUGAAUUAAAAAAAAACAUAAUCAAAUGUUAACUCUGUAA